AUGGAAGAAUUGCAAAAACAGAUUGCGAAGAAUAUGAAAGGGGACAAGCAUGAGGAGGACGGCAUGGCAGAAAUGAUGUGUGCUGGGGUGCCGAGCACUAAUGGCGCAAGCUUGGACGACCACGACAAACAAAUGUGCGGACUACUACUGCGAUUAAUGUUCUACAUAGAAGGGUUACACAGUCAGGGCAACUUGAUACAAAAGCAUGAGAAUGACGAGAGGGGUUUUCACCUUGAAUCGAAAAUUACGCAAUGGAUGUUGGACGAUAGUAUUGUUAUGGACAGAGUGAAGGGUGCAGGACUCCGUCCGUCGUGUUCAGAGACCGAGUGGAAGAACAGGAGAACGCAAAUGGAACAGGCUGCUGCGACAGGCAUAGACGGUACUGCAUGUGGAGCACGUCCCGGCAAAGCACAGUUAAAUGGUAAGUGCAUAUUGAGUAGAAUGAAUAAUCAUCAGGACGCACGCCGCACGGCAGCAUAUUCAUGA